AUGUUCUCAAACUGUUCUCUAUUUUUAAUUUUUUCCUUAUUUUCUUUCGCUUCUUGUUGUUGUUGUUGUUGUUGUUGUUCUUCUUCUUCUUCUUCUUCUUCUUCUUCUUCUUCUUCUUCUUCUUCUUCACAUCCUUUCUCUCCCUAUUUUUCCACCUUCCCUGCCUUUUCGCAAAAGACUGAAAAUAGACAACUGCAAAACGCCUUUGAUUUUCUCUUCUUCUUCUUCUUCUUCUUCUUCUUCUUCUUCUUCUUCUUCUUCUUCUUCAACCAAUUCUUCGCAACUGACCUUUUUGAGUAUCCCCACCCUAGGGACAAUUCCGCUCAUAUUCCUGUUCACAAAGGGCCAACUACUGCUACUUUCAGUCAAUGCUUCUCUCUCUCUCUCUCUCUCUCUCUCUCUCUCUCUCUCUCUCUCUCUCUUAUUCGCAAUUUCGUUGUAUUCCCUCCCUCUUUUUUAUCAUCUCAUCCAUUUACUACUUUUUGUUAUUUUUUACCUCAGCCAGCUCCCUUCUUCUUUCUUGCUUUCUUUCUUUCUUUCUUUCUUUCUUAUUCAUACAUUACCGAAUUGUUCGCAUACCUUCUUUAUUUACUUAAAUAA